UCUCCACUCACCUCACCGCACCAGCUGCGCUCUCGUUUUCGCAUUUUCCGUCGGUGCGAAGUAAAAAAAAACACCCAUUUCCAUCGCUCUCGCUUCGGAAGAAAACCCUCAAAAAAAGGAGAAGACGAGAUGCGUCGCAACAACGAUCCAAAUCCCUUUGACGAAGAAGAAGUGAAUCCGUUUGCGAAUGCUGCAGGACCUGGUUCAAAGUCACGCCUUCCUCCAUUGGGACCUGAGCCAGUGGGUUUUGGCAACAAACAUGAUGCAACUGUUGACAUACCACUCCACAAUAUGAAUGAUCCCAAGAAGAAAGAGAAAGACCUUGCAGCUUGGGAGGCAGACUUGAAAAGGAGAGAAAAGGAUAUAAAACGGAGGGAAGAUGCUGUGUCGAGUGCUGGUGUCCCCACUGAUGACAAAAAUUGGCCUCCUUUCUUUCCAAUUAUCCAUCACGAUAUUGCAAAUGAAAUACCAGUCCAUGCUCAAAGGCUGCAGUAUCUUGCUUUUGCUAGUUGGCUAGGUAUAGUUCUUUGUCUUGUAUGGAACAUAGUUGCUGUGACUGUCUGCUGGAUUAGAGGUGGAGGUGUUAAAAUAUUUUUCCUGGCAACCAUUUAUGCUUUACUUGGAUGUCCUCUUUCUUAUGUGCUGUGGUAUAGGCCUUUAUAUCGUGCAGUGAGGACGGAUAGUGCCCUGAAGUUUGGUUGGUUUUUCCUUUUGUACUUGUUCCACAUUGGUUUUUGCAUAUUUGCUGCCAUUGCUCCUCCAGUUGUCUUUCAUGGGAAGUCAUUGACGGGAAUCCUUGCGGCAAUUGAUGUCUUCUCAGAUCAUGUGUUAGUGGGGAUCUUCUACUUGAUUGGGUUCGGUUUCUUUUGCCUGGAAACACUGCUUAGUUUGUGGGUACUCCAGAAAGUUUAUAUGUAUUUUAGAGGAGUCAAGAAUUGAAAGCCAGAGCUGGUGUAACCGCUACAGAGCUGCUGUGGCCACUCUUCUCAUUGCACAUUCUAAGCUCCUUGCUGGUUGAGGUGUCAUGGUACAUUCCUUUUUUUUUUUUUUUUUUUUUUUUUUUUUCAUUUUUCAGUUUCCACUUUUCUUAUGCUUGUGUUCAAUGAUUCGGUGAUGCACAUGGAAUGGCAAUGUGUGAUAGGAUUCAUUAUUUUCUUGUUCUUUUCUUUUCUUAUUUUUGCAUGGAUAAUAAGAUUUCAUUAGCUGGUGUUGAUGCAUCCGAAUGCUUCCAUAUUGAUGAGAGCUAGGUAAAAAGGAUUGAGGCCUUUUAUUUAUGUAAAUUCUCACAUACAGAAAUAGGAUGUUUUGGAGGUGCCAUUUUCCCUUCAUGCUUUGGCUUUAUAUAAGCAGUUCAUCUUUUGU